AUGCACAAGUACCAGACAAAAAUCAUUAUAUCCCGUCAAGAAACCGACAAGAAAGCCCGGAGUUGUCUUGGUGACCACACACACACCUUCCAGUUCGAGGAAACAGCCUUUGUGGCCGUGACGGCGUAUCAGAACCACCGGGUCACACGGCUGAAGAUCAAGAACAACCCCUUCGCCAAGGCGUUUCGUGACUCGGAUGUCAUGGCGAUCUUGGAGGGCGCCCGACUCCUUACAGGAAGUGACGCCGGUGCCUACCAAGCGGUCUAUGGGGAUAGAGGUUAUCCCUUCAGUGGGCCUAUUGUGAUGAACUCCAGACAGAUGCCUCUAGAUCUGUCUACAUCGGUGAGCACCAGCGCCAAACAACGUCAGCCAAACGAGUCUGAGGAAAAUGAUCAAGUCGUACGCCCAACUCCCAUCUGGGCACUGCCUGCUUGUGGCUUCAUGUCUCCAAAUGGGAACAUCAGCUGGAGCCCUGAAGGAAACACCACCCUCCGACCUACCCACAGUGCUGUUCUGCCGCCAUCGCCCACACCAGACUAAUCGUACGCGUACUGUGCCAACAACAAACGUACAAAACAACUCCCACCCUACAUGCGCCAGAUGUUUGUCUAUUGCCGAGACCAAAGCACAAGAAAAACCAGGCAAAGCACAAGCAAUCAACUUGCUGUCCCAAAACCCCAC